GGCACUGGCAGCAUUGUGCUGAUUGGUCAGGCUAGCUCACCCUUGUUAGCACCCCGUCAAUUGAGCAACGUGUGCCUUUGGGGAGUUGUUCCGCAAGGAGGUCCAUCGUUAAUCCCAUCCAACUAACACACAUUUUAUCGCGGCACAAACCUUCAUGAGCCAUUGCGCCAUCAAUUGCUCACCAUGAAGCUAUACUCUACAGCCGCGGUAUUAUUGGGCCUGUUGACACAAGUACUCGCCGCCUCCCUGUCAACUGACGCCCUACCGGCCGACUUCAAGCCCCCUCAGGUCUUCAAGAAUACCAACCUCGUUCACGUCAUCUCUCUCGAAAAGAACUACGUUAAGGAACAACUCAAUGUUGUGGUUGAGAACGUUUCGAAGGAACCGCAGUCGGAAUACUAUGUCCCCUUUACUACGGAGCAAAUCGCCCGUGUAGGUGGCUUCGAAGCUAAGGAUCGCAAGGUAGUCGAUUCUGCUGCAUUCAAGGUCGAGCCUGUCCACACGGAGAGCAGCGUUCAGUACUACCGCAUCUCCCUACCUACUCCGUUGAAGGCUGGUGCUCAACAAACCUUGGGCAUCUCUUUCUUCAGCCUCAAAGCUUACCGGCCAUUGCCUGCUUCUGUUAAACAAGACGAGCAGCAAUUCCUCGUUCACGACUUCUCUGCAUAUGCGCCCUCGGCAUAUGUGACCCUGAAGCAGAAGACGGAGGUCAAAGCCGCGUCUGCAACCAUCCCCGACUAUACAACCAUUGCAGCUAGCGGAGGUGACGCCAAGUCUCCUCAGAAGCAAGGCACAAAGCUGACAUAUGGCCCCUUUGGAGAAAAGCCAGCUGGAGCCGUCUCAGCUGCCUCUGUCCGAUUUGAAUUCACCAAGCCAGUCACCCACGUGUCUCUUCUCGAACGUGAAAUUGAAGUCAGUCACUGGGGUGGUAACGUCGCGUUCGAGGAGCGAUACAUGCUGCACAACCGUGGUGCCAACCUUUCCAGCCAGUUUAACAGAGCCAAGUGGGCACAGACCCAAUUCUACAACCCUCCCUGUGUUGCUCUCAAAGAGAUUAAGAUGCCCCUUCACGUCGGUAGCGCUGAUCCUUACUUCACCGAUACAAUUGGCAACGUUUCGACUUCAAGAUUCAGAAGCAACAAGCGCGAGGCGCUCCUUGAGCUUAAGCCACGCUAUCCAAUUUUCGGCGGCUGGAACUAUCCUUUCACUGUCGGAUGGAACUCUGAUGCCUCUCUCCUCCUUCGCAAGACUGCUGGUGACGGUUUUGUCCUCCGCGUUCCAUUCCUCGAGGGUCCCAAGCAGGCUGAAGGUGUAGAAUAUGGUCAGAUCAACCUUCGUGUCCUUCUACCUGAGGGCGCCGAGAAUGUCAAAUUCUCAGUCGACAUCCCCGAAUCCUCCAUCGCAGCAUCUUCCAUUGGUAUUCACAAGACAUAUCUCGAUACCAUUGGUAGAACCUCAGUCAAUAUUCAGGCUAAAAACUUGGUCGACGAGUUCCGUGACCGUCAUGUCAUCAUCACAUAUGACAGCACAUUGGCAUCGGCCCUGCGCAAGCCUGUUGUCAUCUUCUUGAGUAUGUUGGCGAUGUACGCAUCUGCCUGGGUCAUAGGCUCAGUACGUGUCGGAUUUGAGAAAAAGUAAAGGCUGUUGCAAGCUUUGCAACGCAAAAAGAAAUAGGAUUGUUUAAAGAAAAGUACAACAUAGAAUACUGUACAAUUGUAUCAAUAUUGUUUAACUGGCUGACUUUGCUCUGACUUGGUUCAAUC